AUGGACGAGGAGCGCUACGGUAGCGAGGAGGGGAGAGAUCUGGUACCGCCUCCAUCGCCGCAGCACGUCCUGUUGGCCUGGAAGGCCCUAUUGUGGGGUACGGUGUACGCUGUCCUUGGUGUCGCGGUUGUUGUUUGUGUGGCCAUGUACGCCAGUGGGAUGCAUUGCUUGUCCGAGGUGUUUGUGUACCUGCGAGGCCGCGAGGAUCGUGCGCGUAGACGGCUCGAGGAGAGUGGCGAAGAUGUCAGCCACUAUGUGCUUGAUCUGACGAACCCGUCCACGGUGAUACAGCAGGCGCAGGAUAUUUGGAAGGCCUUGGAGGCACUUGCGGAGGAUGAAGGGGAGUCCACGAGGGAGAAGAAGGAGUGA